AUGGCGAUCACCUCGGACGAAGUAAACUUCCUAGUGUACAGAUACCUGCAGGAGUCAGGCUUCUCACACUCUGCCUUUGUGUUUGGCUACGAGAGCUUCGUGCACAAGAGCACCAUAAGUGGUAACGAUGUGCCUCCUGGAGCCAUGAUAUCCUUCCUGCAAAAGGGGCUGCAGUACAUGGAGUUGGAGGCGAACCUGACUGAGGAGAACUCGGGCGUGGACGGCGACUUUGCACCGCUGAGCGCGCAGGAGCUGCUGACACAGGACGCGGAGGAGCUGCGGCGGAGGGUGGCCGACAAGCGCGAAGAUGCCGAGCGCGCGCGAGAGGCCGACGCGCGCGGCAUGGAUGGCGAUGUGUCGGCGGCGGCCAUGGAGGCUGACGGGGCCGGGCCGCAGGAGAUCCCCGCCUCCAAGGUCACCUCCCUGGAGGGCCACACCUCAGAGGUCUUCAUCUGCGCCUGGAGCCCCGACAGCGAGAUGCUGGCAUCAGGGAGUGGGGACUCAACAGCGCGGAUAUGGGACCUCAGCGAGAUGGCGGACGGCGGGUAUGCGAAGAGCACGGUGCUCAAGCACUUUGCCAAGCAGGGCAGCGACAAGGCGAAGGACGUGACCACCCUGGACUGGAAUGGCGACGGCACCCUGCUGGCCACGGGCUCCUAUGAUGGCCUUGCGCGCAUCUGGUCCAAAGAUGGGGAGUUGAGGAACACGCUGACAAACCACAAGGGCCCCAUCUUUUCCCUGAAGUGGAACAAGAAGGGCGACCUGCUGCUGUCCGGCUCCGUGGACAAGACCGCCAUCAUCUGGGACGGCCGCACCGGCGACGUCAAGCAGCAGUUCGAGUUCCACACAGCUCCCACUCUGGACGUGGACUGGCGCAACAACUCGACCUUCGCCACUUGCAGCACGGACAAGAUCAUCUAUGUCUGCAAACUGGGGGAGCACCAGCCGCUCAAAGCCUUCGAGGGGCACAGGGAUGAGGUCAACGCCAUCAAGUGGGACCCCACAGGGAAGCUGCUGGCGUCCUGCUCAGAUGACCACACAGCAAAGAUCUGGAGCAUGAACCAGACCCACGCAGUGCAUGACCUGGCGGCGCACACAAAGGAGAUCUAUACCAUCAAAUGGUCACCCACGGGGCCCGGCACUGCCAACCCCAACCAGCGCCUCAUGCUCGUGUCGGCCUCCUUCGACAACACAAUCAGGUUGUGGGAUGCGGAGAGUGGGAUGUGCUUGCAUCACCUGACCAGGCACGAGCAGCCAGUGUACUCUGUGGCCUUCUCCCCCAACGGAGAGUUGCUGGCAUCGGGGUCAUUUGACAAGAACCUCUACAUCUGGUCAGUGAGCACGGGCAACCUUGUGCGCACAUACAAGGGCCAGGGGGGAAUUUUUGAGGUUUGCUGGGCGAAGGAUGGCAACAGAGUGGCUGCGUGCUUUGCCAACAAGAUCAUAUCGAUUCUUGAUUUGAGGAUGUGAUAUAGUAUUUCAGGUGGUGUGUGUCAAUGUCUUGGUCUGUUGCGAGUUCCCCGUCAGCGAGAGUCUUGGCUGUCUUGAGGCAGUCUUUUUGCUUUAUCAUGUCUUGCUGCAUCAGGUCAUCACAAGUUAUGAUAUCAGUGAGUGCCUUGGCGAGGUAUUCUUUGUGCCCACAAAAUGAGCAUAUUGUAAGUACAAGUGAGAUGC